GUUUUCAUAUAGAGGGUAGAUGUAACCUAAGUCAGUCUGUGUUCGAACAUUAAAUGUAGCACAUCAGUGUCCUAGAAUUUGGAGUUUUCUUUGGAAACCUAUGUCAAGACACAACAAUUGGCGACGAUAUCGAUAUCUACGUGUGCAGAGAACGUUUUUUCAAUAAAUUAGUUGAAAAAAAAUGGCUUCAACAAGUGCAAACGUAAUGUUCGGCAGCAGUCUCAAUUUUGACCAUCGGAUUCACGAAUGGAGCAUUUUCAAGAGCAAAUUGUUUCAAUUCUGUACUGUUAAUGACAUUAAUGAAACAUCGGACAAGUCACAAGUGAAACGGAGGGCCGUGUUAUUGUCGGCUUUAUCCGAAGAUACCUACCGCAUUCUUCGGGAUUUAGUGGCACCAAAGGAGGUUGACGUCGCGGAAUACAAGGUCUUGUUAGAACAUCUUGACGCUCAUUUCACGCCCAAGAAGAGUACUUUUGCGGAACGUUACACUUUCUACAAGGCUGAACAGCGUCCAAGUGAAGAAUUGCCAGAUUGGGCCGCGCGAGUGCGUAGCCUGGCCCAAUACUGUGGUUUUAAAUCGGAGCUAGACAAUGUGUUACGUGACAGGUUCGUCUUAGGGUUGGAGAACGUGAAAGAAAAAGAAAAAUUAUUUGCCGAAAGCGUUGACACUUUGACGUUUAGCAAGGCUAUAGAAUUAGCGCAAAGUGUACGUUGUGCGAGAUUAGCGUUGAAAAAAACGCAACAGUCGGUGCCCGAAACUCCAGUGUUUACCGUAAAUACGUCGCGCACGCAACGUAACCCUCGUGCUAGUUUGGAAAGUUGUGAAGUUUGCGGCUACAAAAAUCAUGCUAAAGAACAGUGUCGUUUUAUUAAUUAUACGUGUCAAAAGUGUAAACAGAAGGGACAUUUAAAGAAAAUGUGCAAGUCCAAAGUGCGAAGGAAUUAUUUUAUAGCAGAGGAGGAUAACGAUAUUAUUCAAGAUCUCACAAAUUAAGAACUAUGGAGGGCGGCGGAAGGUGUGUUUUAAGGAAGGAGAUCAGGUGUUAGUUAAACAUAUAUUUAGUAACGGUAAUAAGCACGUAUGGAAGAAAGGUUGUAUACA